AUGACUAUUACAAACAUAUACUUUGUUAUUUCUGCAUUGGCUGUGGGAAACCCUCUCACAAUGGAGAGUCGCGUAGAGCAGCUGAAUUCUUUCCAGGAGCAUUCAAAUGUUUUAUAUAUCAUGAGCAGAGACCAGCGGAUACACGAAAACCAUUCAGUUGCGCUAUCGUAUAGUCUGUCGUACAAAAACAAGUCAAAACUGCUCAUCGGGAUUGAGCUUUCUAAGCUUCAAAUGAAUGAGAAACAAAAGACCUUUAUCCUCGAAGGAUUAGUUGAGCUUAACAAGGAAGCAAAAAAAUACAAUCUCCAUGUUUACAACAUUACAGACAUUGAGCCGUUUAUAAUCUCAAAUUCAAUAGGAACAGUAGUUUUGGAUUUUAAUCCAAUGAGGGUAUAUAUCAAACGUCAAAAUGAAAUUAGCAAAAUCUGUGAAAAACACAAAACAGCGCUCUUUGUUUGUGAUUCGCAUAACAUUGUGCCCUGCAAGACGCUUAAAGUGUACAAGAGAACCUCCAAGGCCGUUCGGACCGAUUUAUAUAAAGAAUGGAGAAAAUACCUGAAGGAAUAUGAGAAGAUAGAGCCUCAUAAAUUUAACAAGCCAGAGACGGAAUCAGGAAACAAUACGGACGAAUUUGAGAGUCUCCUCAGAAAAAAUCCUAGAGAUAAACAAUGCACAUUCACAGGAGGAUAUUCCGAGGGUAUGAAACAGCUAGAACUGUUUUUUUGCGAAAGGUUUUCGUCAUACAGCAAAGGCAGAAAUGACCCAGAAACAAAUGUACUGUCUGAUUUAAGCCCAUACAUCCAUGCUGGACACAUUAGCGCACUUCAGACAAUCUUUCUGACAAUAGAAAGGUAUGGAAAGGACGAAUCAGAUAAUUAUCAGGCGUUCAUAAAUGAGAUGUUUAUUUGGAGAGAAACAGCUGAGCAUUUUGUAUACCACGAGAAGAAUUACGAUAAUAUAAAUGGAGCAUUGGCAUGGGCCAAGAACACUCUGCUGUACCACGUGCGGGAUCAAAGGCCAGCAAUUUAUGAUCGAAACCAAUUGGAAUCAGCAAGGACCGAUGAUCCAUUGUGGAAUGCGGCACAGAGGCAGAUGACAGUAUCAGGCAAAAUGCACGGAUAUGUAAGGAUGUACUGGGCCAAGAAGAUACUGGAAUGGACAGAGGACCCUAGAAAUGCAAUUAGGAUUGGAAUAGAAAUGAAUGAUCAGUAUUCGAUAGAUGGAAACGAUCCUAAUGGAUAUUUGGGAGUGAUGUGGAGUGUUUGUGGAUCGAUGGAUAGAGCAUUUGCUGAGAAGCCUAUUUAUGGAAAAAUCAGAUCAAUGAAGUCAUUUAAAUGCCCAUUGUACAUUGAUACGUGGACCAAAAAGUAA